CGUCCUCCGGCCAGGCGCAUUACCAUACAGAGAGUGAAAGCCGCUACUCGCACCACAACGGCUCCAGACAUGCUGUACGUCGCUCUCGUGCUCCUCGGGCUCCUCGGUCUCGAGCCUGCCCAGGCCGUGGGCAACUGUCCCCGUCGCUGGGGCAUGUACGCCGACCCGAGCGACUGCGGCAAGUUCGUCAACUGCGUAGGGGGCAAGGGCCACAAGUUCGACUGCCCGGAAGGACUGGCCUUCAACGACCAGCGUGGCAUCUGCGACUGGCCCGACCUUGUCGAGCGCUGUGACGCCGAAGCCUACCUGGGAUUCCAGUGUCCCGAGGCCACGACGUACGACCUGCAGGACUUCGCCAACCCCCCGUACCCUCACCCGCGGGACUGCGCCAAGCACUUCGUGUGCGUGGCCAGCUACUACGGCAAGAGGCUGCCCCGCUUGCUGUCCUGCGACUACGGCCUGGUCUUCAACCCCACGACAAGGCUCUGCGACGAUCCCCUCAACGUGCACGGCUGUGAGAACUACUACGGAGUACGCGAAGAACCCGUCGACCAGCGCCAGACUCUGCGACGUCAGGGAUAGACCCCCGUUGAAAUCUGAAGUCCAUGGCUCCGUGUACAAUAUCUUCGUUUUUCAGUAAAAUCUCGCCUGUUCCGUCCACCA